CCUGAGGACAGUCUGGUCGGCGCCCGCGGCACUGUGGCGGAUUUGUGUCAUCGUCUCCCACAACGACUUCAUCGCGCUCCUGGUGCGGCAGUUGCUGCUCAGAACGGACGAUGCCGACGGCAGAAGGUUGGGGUCAGAGGCCUGGCCCGCGGAUCUUCAGCGACAGCUACUGGCCGAUGAACAACACCGGCGUCACCCACAUCGUGCUGGGUCUCAGACCGCCGGCUCAGGCGUACCCAGUGAACGCGUAUUUGUUGUACUACAACCGGAGCGACCAUCUACCAGAGGCCCUGCGGAGUGGCGUGCAGUUCCGGAACAUGGGCGCCAAGGGCGUCGCCGAGUGGGCGCGCGUGGGCGAGGGCGGCAGCGGGGUGCUCCCGCUGUUCGACGAGCGCAAGGCGUGCGCCAGCCCUGGCGGCGGCUGGCUGCGCGUGCUCCUGUGGAGCCUGCUCGUCGCGGCCGCGGGCUUCGCCGCGGGGGCGGGCGGCCGGCGGCUCCUGGAGCGCGCCCUGCCCGCCGGAGCGGCGCUGCCCGCGCCGGCGCCCGCGCCGCCCCCGCCCGCUCGGGCGGGGGGGCUCUUCCGCUGAGCGGGCCAGGGCCGCCGAGUGGCCGGGUCCUUUCGGAGGCGUGGGCCGCGGCUCCUGCGGCGGGGGCAGGGGCGCCCCCUUUGGCCCCUGGCCUGCCUCCUCUCCUGCUUGCUCGCUCAUCCCUCGCGCAGACUUCCUCCCCCUCUCUGCAACUUCCGGACAGGGCCCCGCGCGCAGGGCCUCCCCGCAGGCCGACGGCCCCCCCCCCUUGCGUUG